UUUUAUUAAUUUUAUCAUCUCCUCAAUGGAAAAACAGAAUGAACUUUCAGAUCAUCAAAAAUACAUUAAGAGUAUGGAGAAGUCAAUCUUGAAGAAGCAAAACCAAAUCGAUUGCAGAAUGUCAACCUGUGCUCACUACAAUUUUAGCAAUAAUUAUUAUUCUGGAGCCUCAUUAGAUUUAACAUCUGACAUAUGCUCAAAUAAAAGAAGUCUUUACUUUUAUUUCUGCUAUCUAUCCUACUAUAAAUUUAUCAAAAGCAUUUCUCCUAUUCCAUUCUUUGAUAUGAGCAGGUGAACUGUAUAUCAUAUUCCUGGAAGAAAUAAGCAUAUUCUGAAUUUUAUAUCCUGAUUGUUUCCCAACAAAGUGGAUGAUUUGUGGAUAAGUUUUAGCACUCAACAUAAAGUUACGAUAUUUCCCUAUCUUCAUGGAAUUACCAAAAUAACUCACAGGAUUUUGAACAAGAUGUGGAUUGGUGAUACAUUCAUUUCAAUCAAGCAACUUAAAAGACUGUUUAGCGCAGUUAAACAUCUCAAAGAAUUUGGACUGUACAGGUGUACAUUUUCGAUACCAAUCGUGUCUGAUUUUUCAAAGUCAUUGAUAAAUUGCAGAAUCAGACAGCUCCAGCUAGUUGAACCAAAGUUAACUAAUGAGAGACCAUGGAAGUCCAAUAUUAAAGAGUUUGAAAAUCUCAUCAGAGGACUGGCUACUUCCCUUGAUUUAAAACAAAGCUUAAAAGAAAUCGAAAUAAGAGAUUCAGGGAUAUUUAAAUCCAGAAUUCAAGAAUUACUAUCUGCUAAUGGUUUCACUAGCGUUAUUUUAAGCACUGUUCCUUUUGAUCCUUAAAUGUGUUGCAAAUAUUUUUCACAUGCUACUCUGUAUGGGCCUUUUCUUGGUAAUUUCUAGAGCAAUUCUUGAUCAAUUUUAACUGGUUCCUCUGGAUAGGUAUCAUAGGAGAGUCAAGGAUGUUGUUAUAAUCGUUCGCUUCCCCUCCAAAUUUGCUAGAGCAAGGGGAGUUGUGACCCAGGAUCGUAUCAUUCUCCUCAUGUGUGAAGUUUAUAUGUGUGGUUUUGAGAUUUAUAAUCGGGCUUUCUAGUAACGUGGUUUUUGGAGGACUACAAAGACCUAAACACGUUAAAAAUAUAGGCUAGGUUGGGCUAGCCAGUAAUGAAACCUAAAACUCUUAGAAUAAAUACUGAAAUAUCUCUGAACGAUAUAAAGCUUACGUAUGUUAGUUUUGUUUCCUUCCUCAAUAACUUUCUUUUUCUCUUGAUCCUCAAUUUGUAUGGCUUUACCUCUAUCGUCUAGUGGACCACCCUAGGUAAAAAUGUGAUUUCUAACCAUUAUUCAAGCUUUUUCUCCAUAUCACUUUUCUCUGGAUGAUCAUUU